GGUUGUGUGACUGUGUACACAAACCCAACUAAUUCAUGCAAGCACUCUGCAUACAGCCGAUUUUGAUUCGCCCGAAUAAAAACAUUCGGCUGUUUUAUGCAAACAAAUUCACAUUUUUUUUCGGGUUUUCGUUUAUGUAUUUAUGGCAAAAAACAACGAUUGGAAUUUUUGAACGAAUUUUUUUUUACAAACAAGAAAAGAUGAAGCGGUGUAAAAAGUCAAUCGCUCAAUCGAAUUGUUCCGCGAUACGAAAUUCGGGCAAAGUCAACAGCACCACUGAACUAAAGCGGUGAAAAUGUGCAAACGUGUCGUUCUGUGUUUCCGAUGCGAUAACGAGAGCAACGACAACGAAGCUGCUUGACUCGGCGACGAAUACCAAAUGCACAGAACGCUAUCGGCUAGAGCCUAAGAAUGGUGUUUUUUUUAUAAGCGAUUACUUGAAUAGAAUUUCGGCAGCAUUAUUUCGAUAUGUUUUCAUUUUAACCGAGUCAAUUUUUGGGUUGUUUUAAACGUUUUGUUUGUAAAAGUUUGCUAGUUGCAUUGUUAUUUAGUUUUUAGAGAGAAUUUUUUUUAUUGAAAGUGUAUAAAUUGAAAAAAAAAUGGCUAAGUCGAAAGAGUUUGACAAAAAAGCGUAUGCUGCUGAAAUCGAAGGUGAAAUGCAAGAGCAUGAAGCAUAUGGUGAUCCCGACUACAAAUGGAGUACGGAUGAUUUCGAGCUCGGUGCCGCAUUGGGUCGAGGAAAAUUUGGUCGUGUAUUUGUGGCACGUGAAAAAAAGACGCAUUACAUGGUAGCGAUGAAAGUGCUUUUCAAGUCGGAGAUUAUGAAAGGUCGCUGUGAACGGCAAAUUGCUCACGAAAUCGAAAUUCAAUCUCGCUUACGUCAUCCGAAUAUUCUGCGUUUGUACACAUGGUUCUAUGACGAGCGACGAAUCUAUCUGGCACUCGAGUUGGCAACCGAAGGCGAACUGUAUCGUCAUUUGCAAAUGUCGCCGAAUGGACGAUUCUCGGAGGCUCGUUCUGGUCGUUAUACGUAUCAAGUGGCUGCGGCACUUCAUUACUGUCAUCUGAGCAAUGUCAUUCAUCGCGAUUUGAAGCCGGAAAAUUUGCUGCUGUCGGUCGAUGAUCAGGUGAAAUUAUCCGAUUUUGGAUGGUCGGUACACACAACAUCAAGCGCCCGGAAAACAAUGUGCGGCACAUUGGAUUAUUUGCCACCCGAAAUGGUUGAUGGUCAAACGUAUGACGACUCAGUCGAUCAAUGGUGUCUUGGAAUUUUGUGCUACGAGUUCCUGGUUGGAAAACCACCAUUCGAAUCCAACGAACAGCAGGCCACAUACGAAAAGAUUCGUGCUCUCGACAUCGAGUAUCCAUCGUACGUUUCGAUUGGUGCAAAGGAUUUGGUGUCAGGGUUGUUGCGUAAACGGGGUCGUUCAACUCUAGUGGAAGUCAUGCAACAUCCAUGGGUUAAACUGUACAAAGACUGUGAUUGGAAACGUAAAUAGUUCAAAUGUAGUAGCUAACACUAAAUGGUCAAUUCAAACUCAUUUCGUGAGAGAUUUCUACUCAUUACGGGAAUUGACCAUUUAGUGUUUGAUUUGUUGGAAUCGAGUAAAGUUCGAUUGGGGAAAAGGCUAGAGCCACCCAACGUUUAAUUUAAAUUGUUUAUUAUUCCGAUUUGGAUUUAUUGGUUUCUGCAUCGCAGGUUUAUGUAAAACUCUGAAAAAAUUGUCAAUAUAAAACGAGCCAAGAGGCCGUAAAAUAAAUAAAGAGCACUUUUAAAUUUGCAAAGUAAAAA